AUGACGAUGAAAGGCUUGUCCUCCAGCCGCAGCCACCACCACACACUCACACACUGCGACCCAUCCUACGAGUCUUUGACCCUCCGCCACGAACGACGGCCUUAUGCCCUUAACCAGGCCCACCCGAGUGACCACAGCUUCUAUGGGUGCCAAUCAGAUCUGGCUAGCAGCACAUUUCCUCGCCGACAUCACGGAUCACAUCACGAGCUUAAGGACGAAUGCUCCAUAGUGCCCUAUGUGGGACCAGGGGGCAUAGCCGGAGGAACUGGGGGCGGGUAUGGCCCAUGCAGCUCAGCUGCCAUCCAUUCAUCCCUGCUGGAGAAAUUUGACCAGCAGCAACCAGUGAGAAAGGAUGGGUAUCACACAUUGCAAUACAAACGGACUGCGGCGCUGGAGCACCAGCGCAGUGACAGUCCUGGGCGUAUACGCCACCUCGUACACUCUGUCCAAAAGCUAUUCACCAAGUCUCAUUCCCUGGAAGGUCCCAGUCAACGCAGCCUCAACGGAAACGACCCCGCCGUCCCAACCGAUGCAAUGGCGACUGCUACAUCCCAUCCAAACGUUUCCACCACAACUGUAGGCACCCUGCACAAGUCGUCCAGCAACAAACGGGGGAAAAACAAGGAACGCAGUCGCUCCGAGCCCAAACCUCGUGCACGGACACCCGGGUCGGGGUACUGGAGCUCCGACGACACUCUAGACCGGGAAAUCUGCCUUUACCACCAGCAUCAACCAUCUGGAGUCAUGACCAUGGGCCGGCAUCCAGACAAAUCCCAGUCCCACUACUUCUUGGGACAGAGCUACAACACACUAGGAGGGGGACACUCGUCCCUGAAGACCUCACGAAGUAACAAUGAUGUUGGAAGUUGCUACACUUGCUCCAACCCCACAGGAGGCACUCUGACCUUCAGAGGCCCGAUGUCAGUAGACCAGGCUGGGCCACUCGUCAAGAAGAGCUCCUGGUCAAGCACACUAACGGUGAGCAGGGCCCGAGAGGUGUACCAGAAGGCCACUGUCAAUAUCGAUAAAGCUCUAGUCAAAGCACAGACCUGCCAGCAGGGACGAACCUGCCAGUUUUUACAGGUUCCUCAGGAUGAGUGGGGUGGCUUCUCGUCUGUGGGUCAGGAUGACGAGAUCCCGUGCAGGAGGAUGAGGAGCGGCAGCUACAUCAAGGCUAUGGCAGAGGAGGACAGUGGAGACUCAGACUGCAGCCCUAAACCCUCACCCAAAGUCCAGGCCCGGAGAGCCAGCUACCUGAAAGCCACUCAGCCCUCCCUCACCGAGAUGACCACACUCAAGAUCAGUACGGAGUCCCAUUCCCCCAAGCUGCAGAUCCGGAGUCACAGUUACCUGCGAGCGGUGAGUGAGGUUUCAAUCAACCGCAGUUUGGACAGUCUGGACCCGGCCGGUCUGCUGGCCUCGCCUAAAUUUCGUUCCCGAAAUGAGAGUUACAUGAGGGCCAUGAGCACCAUCAGCCAGGUGAGCGAGGUGGAAGUAAAUGGGCAGAUUGAGGCUUUGUGUGAGAGUGUGUUCAGUGAGAUGGAGUCUAAGGCAGUGGAUGCUCUGGAUCUGCCGGGGACCGGAUGCUUUCGCAUGAGGAGCCACAGUUAUGUGCGGGCCAUCGAAAAGGGCUGCUCGCAGGAGGAAGAAGAGGAGAGAGCGAAACGUCAGGGCAUCUCACCACCUCGAACUACAACUACUGUUAGAACCAUCCAGAGCAGUACAGUAUCAUCAUGUAUAACCACCUACAAGAAAACCCCACCCCCAGUCCCACCCAGGUCAACACCCACCAGACCAUACAUCUCUAUAACAGCCCAGAGCAGCACAGAAUCUGCACAAGAUGCCUACAGUGAGCUCACCAGUGCUGGUCCUGCCAACCGGGCCUUGGCGGCGGUCCAGUCGGGCCUCAGCAACUCCACAGAGAGCAUUGAUAGCAUGAAGGCCCUGACAGCAGCCAUCGAGGCAGCGAACGCUCAAGUCCAUGGCCCAGCCAGCCAGCAUGUGACCAACAGCACCAUCACCAUCACCACAGCCUCCGCCACCACUAGCGUAAGACACAUCUCGCAGGAAGCCAAGAGAGAUGCCCUCAGGAAGUGCCUGUCUAUAGGGAUACAGGUGGACGGUCCGGAGGAAACCAACCAAUCAGAAGUGAACUGCAAGUUUCAGUCGGUCGGCAUUCAAGUAGAAGAGGAGAGAUGCUACCGCAGAGUUACACGCUCCAACAGCGUCACCACUGCUGUUCAAGCUGAUCUUGAUCUUCUGGAGGGUCUUGGCGACGACCAGUUCACACAGACCCACCAGGGGCCCAUUGUCCGCCAACCAUCCCGAGAUUCUUCCACUUCUACUGUCAGCAUCCAGGGCUCUGGGAACCACUACCAUGCCUGUGUCCAGGAUGACUACCCCGACGUGGGCUUUGACCCCUCCAUUCUGCCCCCUCCAGACCCCUGGAUGGAUGGAGCCAUGGAGGAGGAAUAUGCGAGUGGGGCAUCAGGGUCCGUGUGUCCGCAGGACGGACGCUGGUUUCUGAAACUGCUGCAAGCAGAGGUGAAGAGGAUGGAGGGGUGGUGCAAACAGAUGGAGCAAGAUGAGAGAGAGAAUGAGCUCCCAGAAGACAUUCUCGGCAAGAUCCGUAGUGCAGUGGGUAGCGCUCAGUUGCUGAUGUCGCAGAAAUUCCAGCAGUUCCGGGAGCUCUGUGAAGAAAACUUGAAUCCCAAUGCCCACCCACGGCCCGUGUCUCAAGAUCUGGCAGGAUUCUGGGACAUGCUGCAGCUGUCCAUUGAGAACAUCAGCCUGAAGUUUGAUGAGCUACACCAGCUGAAAGCUAACAACUGGAAAGCACUGGAGCCUCCUGAGAGAAAGGAGAGGCGUGUGCCCCCUCCGGUACCCAGGAAGCCGAGGAGGGGUCCCGUGCAGCUAGUAAGAGACAGGUCUUUGGAGGGCUCCCAGCGGUUGGAGGCGCGUAAGCGGCUGUUAGCGGCUAAACGCGCUGCUGCCUCUCAGCGCCAGAGCUCUGCUACAGAAUGCGCCGACAGCAUCGAAAUAUACAUCCCAGAGGCCCAAACACGAUUAUAAACACUGAAAUCCAGGUGCUCAGAAGCCUAAAUAGACAAACACACACACACACACACAUCUUUAACCAUAACACAAUAGCACUGAAUGACAAAGGCAGGGUAGCUGUAACAUAAUCACUCCUCUUUUCUUGUGUAAAGGAGAGUUUCUUCACUGUGGGCUUCUACUGUAUGUAUUUACGACUUAAUUUUCCUCUCUUCCUCCGUCCUGCCAUUUGAGAUGUAGCUCCCUUAUUAAACUCCCAAAGACUUUUAAUAUUUAUAUUAGACACUAUAUAUUUAAUUGUUAAAAUAAUCAAUAAUAUAUAUAUAUUCAUGCAUACAAUACAACAUAUUAUUACGUUGGUUGAUAUUACUACCCAAAUAAGGCACACUACUGAAUUUUACAAUUUAAUUUGUAGUUUUUCGCAAUUACCGUGUAAGAGCCAUGUCUUGUGUUCUCAGAGAGGACAUAACAUCUAAAAGGGCAGCAUUCCGAUCACUUCUGAAGAUUUUAACGCCAAUGUAGCCACAAAUUCAGUGUAUGUAUGUAAAUGUGUUUGUCAGGCUUUUAGUACAUUACACUCUCUCACAUGUCACCCUGCACCUCUGAGACAGGGCGAGGUUGUUCUGUUUUCAGUAUCAGGGGAUAGAAUGGAAAAAACACCUCUUCUCUUCUUUCUUCUCCUAUUUUUCAACCUCCCACUCGGUCAUCCUCUCCCGUCCUCUCAAACCAUCCUAUCUCCUUUCCUGUCUGCUCACUAUCAUCUCUCCUCAGCAGUGUCAAUCACCUGUUUGACUGACAUAGAUGUCCAUUGUAUCCAUCAAAUGUGACACGCUUAUCUGUCACUGCUUGAAAGAAGCGCUGUCAGAACACAGAUUCAUUAGCCAUUAAUAAAUUAGCAAUGUGUCACGUUAUGAAACGUUACAUACGCAGUCAGGGAUUUCAUUAAGCAUUAAUCCCCGUUCACACUGACAGCGAUGAAGUUAUGCGACGUCUUUAUUUUCACAAUAUAUUCACAAUCUACGAAGGCACAACUGUGACCCAUUGUGAAUUUUUUUUGA